AUGGCAUUCAACGAAGAUCAGUUCCAAACAGCCGUGAAGGCUGUGGAGGAGGUACUUUCCGAGCGGACAAUCAAGUGGAGCAAUGACCCAUUCGGGCGAGUAGCGCGCACCAAAGAUCUCAUUGACCAACAUGAUGCAAGCUACGAGAGCCUUGCGAUUGUUACCGACGCGUUAGAAAAGCUGGUAUCAGAAGCAGCUCGUCAGGGCUAUGCAAAGUUGGAGCAAUCUGUAAACACUUUAAUGCGUCUGGAGCAUGGAAACACCCGUCUGUCGCGUGAGGACGCCUCCAUACUCAACGCGCUGCACGCAACAGUGGACUAUUUCCAAGAAGUCUGCACUACCUCGCAGAACGCCACGACUAAUAUAUCGCUCGAGUGUGAGCGGUGUAUGCGGCUUGGAGAUAAUGCCGCUCAGUACCUCAAUGUUUUAGCCAGUCAGAUACCAUUGAGAGCUCUUAGCCAGACCCCCUGUAUUUCACGCUUGCACUGGGGUACAAUUGUCAGGGUUACCAUCCGGGAGAUCCAAAUAGCCUACGGAGAAAUCGUCAUUUACAAUCGAAUUUUCCAACGCCUCCACGACAUAAAAAUAAGAAUCAAGAAUCUGGAGUGA